GUAAAGAGCAACGUAGGAUGGACGCGACGGAGACCACCCCGCUCAUCAGCAACGGCCACGCAGAGUCUGGUCGACAGAGGCAGUCGUCUGGCGUACUCCAGCUCGCAAGGGCAACGCUGCAAGAUGUCUCUGAGCGCACCAUUCGCCUCGCACGGUCCAUGCACGAACUCGCCAGCUACAGGCCACUACAUGUCCACAGCACUGGCAAGGGACCUAAGCUGAAAAUCGAGCCCAAAGUGUGGUUCGCCAACGAGCGCACCUGGAUAUCCUACCUCAACAACUCCAUCCUCCUCGGCACGCUCUCCAUCGCACUGUACAACGCCGCGGACAAAACCGACACAGUAGCGCGCGGGUUUGCAUACGUGUAUGCAGCCAUUAGCCUGCUGAUACUCGUCUAUGGGUUUGGGCUGUAUCAGUGGAGGAUCACCUUGAUUAAGAGGAAGGAUGCUGGGCAUUUUAUUUCCCUCAUUGGACCACUGACGAUCUCCGUCACCCUCUUCUCUGCCGUCCUUGUCAACUUUAUCGUUCGUGUACAUCAAAUCCGCAAAGAUCGGCCGUGAUAUCAACUCAAUCAUGGACAGUUGUAGUACAAAAACGUUGUAUAGAUAUGUUAUCUAUCAGAGGUGAGAUCCAGUGGUGCCUCAUGUUCCGAAUGCACUCCAGUGAAUAAAAUGUUGAACUGC